GCCAAAGCAGCAAAAGCUCCAUCGGGGCAGGGGUAAUGGUAAAGAACUGCGGGUCUCUUCAUCAGGGUUGACGGUGGCGGUUUUGUUUCUCCUGGGACCUCUUUGGGUGCUGUGGAGGUUCAGAUAGAAGGAUAAUGGGAUCUCGGUUACAGAUUGAAGGAGAUGAAUCCGUACUUGUACGGGUCACUCACUCCAAUAUUAAGAGCUUUUCGCCUGAAAUCCGGUUUUCACUUCAGAUGACAGUGGAAGCCGUUAAAGAGAAGCUUUGGAAAAAGUGUGGUACUUCUGUCAAUUCAAUGUCCCUAGAGCUCUAUGAUGAAACUGGUGCUAAAAUCUCAGUCCUAAGUGAUAAUGCAAGACCACUUGGUUUUUAUUCCCCAUUGGACUGUUAUCGCCUGCAUGUCAUUGAUCUUGAUCCAUCAUCAGUGACUUCUGGAGGUUGGCUCGAGGACACAUCACUUGUGGAGAAGUACACUAUCUCUGACGAGGCUUAUGGGAAACUUGGUGGUACUUUCAGAAAAUUCAAGGAAAAAUUGCCGCUUAAGCAACCGCCUGGUCAAGAAUCUAAAAUAUCUGACAACUUUAUGGGAGAUCUAUGUGCAAAUAUUAAGAUAGGGGACAGAUGUGAAGUGGAACCUGGAGAGAGAAGAGGGACGGUCAAAUUUGUUGGUCAGGCAGAAACACUUGCACCUGGAUUUUGGGUUGGAGUUCAGUUUGAUGAACCAGCAGGAAAACAUGACGGCAUGGUGAAAGGGAAACGUUACUUUGACUGCCCUCCCCUUCAUGGUGCAAUGGUCCGACCAGACAAAGUAAAGGUUUGUAUCAAGGGUAUCGUUGCCAUAUUUCAAUGCCCUAACAAACUUGCCGGAUAAUUUUCUGAUAAAAAAAUUA